AUCGAUUUAAUUUUGAUUUUCUACCAAACCUUCUGCUAUUAGUCUCUUACUAUUAAUCUGCUAUCUACAAAACUAUUUCUGUUCACCUGCUUGGGUAGCUCUGCCCGGCGUAAGUGGAGUUGUUGGAGUAGAAAUCGCUAAGCGAGUGCUGCACACUGCUCCCCUGUUGCGAGCCACCAAACAGACUGAACCGUUCAAGCUGCUCUUGUUUUUGUGGAUUUUAGACUCAUUUUACCAUGCCUAACCAUAAGAACCCUCCAACAACCGCGGCUGCGGACUGGCGACGCAGCUCUCCUGGGAUCAGCAACUUAUUGCAACAUGUUUUGGCCACGGGACAGAUGGCUGAUGUGCAGUUUGCCGUCGGGCGCGAUCACGGCGACGUGAAGAUCAUUCGGGCUCACAAGUUCAUCCUCUGCCUGAAUAGCGACGUGUUUGACGCCAUGUUCAAUGGAGGACUGCCUGAAACACGCGGGAAACCUAUCGACAUCAUGGAGAUUCUCCCAGAUGCCUUCUCCAUCAUGCUUGAGUACAUGUACACUGGUUCCGUGAAGAGAACUCUGGCAUUGGAGAACGUCUUCCACGUUAUUUACUGCGCGGACAAGUACAAUUUGCCGAUACUCAUGGAUGUGUGCCUGCAGUUCGUUCGCAGCCUGUUGAAAGUCGACACUUGCUUGGCGUACUUGGAAAUUGUUAAACCGUUCGCACACGACAGCGUGCCUGCUUUCAUGGAGAAGUGCCUGGAAAUAGUGGACGCGUCAACGGAAACGGUUUUGCAGUCGGAGCAGUUCCUGCCGAUCAGUCAAAACACACUGGAGAUGGUGGUACAGCGGGAUACUUUAUCAGCGGAUGAGUACUGUAUCUACACGGCCGUGGAAAAAUGGGCGGUGGAGGCAUGUCGCCGGAAUAACCUGAGGCCGUCAGGCAGUAACCGGCGCGAGAUGCUGGGUUCGGUUGUGUUUCUGGUCCGUUUUCCGUUGCUCACCGAUUCGCAACUGGUCAAUGGCCCUGCCAAGAGUGAACUGCUCCUGGAAAGUGAACUACUGGCGAUCUAUCGAUACAAGCAUGCCAUGACCAAACCACCGCUGGCCUUUUCGGGUGAGCCCCGAACGGGUUACGUAGUGACUUUCCGGAUGAAAGAGCGUGUGUUUGUUCAGCCCGAGGAUGAAAACUGGCUGGCGGGCGAGGUUAGCGGCACUGAAGGACAUGGCGUUACUGCCCAGCUGGUGGGUAGAACGGUGACCAUCGAUGAGCCGAAACAGAUUGUACGGGCGUUUGAUAUCCUGAAAAAGGGCCAACCGAUUCUGGCUUUCCGGCGUGGCUGGGAGAAAGCCAAGUAUUAUUCAGCAGCGGCGGAACGCGAUUCCCACAUUGUUCGCAUCGGAGACGAACAGAUUACGGUGGGCUUUAUUUAUAUCCGGAUUAGUCGCGAUGACAUGGCGGCUUGGAAAGCAACCCAUGGCGGGUGACCUAACGAGCAGGCCUGCGAGCUGUGCUGACAACUGCGACGGGCAAAAUUGCACGUUUGUAGGAAGACUAUUUUGUUAAAGGGGUCUUAGUGGUUUAUCGCGAUGACCUUUCGAAUCCUUUUAUUUGCUGCAUAAUGUGGACGAUUUCAGUUCUA